UUUUUUGUUACAUCCAAUUGCAUACUCGGUAUUUUGGGUCCAGUAAAAUUAACCCGACUCCGUGCGUUUUGCAUCCAUAGAGGUUCAGAUGAACCCUUCUGCUCCUCCCCUGCCGCCGCCUGAUGCCGGCAAUUUUCACCUUUUUCCACCAGCACAGCCUUCCUUUACUGGCUUUCAUCCGCCGCCGCCGCAGCCUUCUGCCACCAAUUUUACGCCUCGCUUUUUCUUCCCUCCUGGAUUUCACGUCCCUCCCCCCGCCACCAAAACAACUGCCGAGGCAUCUGAUGUCCAGACCGCUCUCUCCACUCUCACUUCGCUUCUGCGCUUAUCUAAAACCACUCUCAGUUCUCUCUCCGGCACACUUCCGACUACACUUCCCUCUCCGGCGACCGCUCUAAUCCCCUGUCCUUUUAACCCCACCCACCGCCUCCCGCCUCCCUCUCUAUUCAAACACAGCCUCCACUGCCUUCCGUCGUCAUCGUCUACUGAAUUGGAUUCUCUAAUUCAGUCAUGCCGGUACCCACAUAGCCUCCACUCCUCUGCUGAGGGAAACAAUAUCCAAUUCAAUCAGUCUCUCCACGAUCCCGAAGCCGAACUAUGCUUUUCCCUCGAAAACUACUCUGGUUUUGACCUGAAUAGUUUCUUAUACUCCGACUGUCCCGGAGUUGUAAGCUUUCCCGGUAAGGACUCCUCUCCUCCAAUGCUUACUUUGCCGAGUUUCUUAUUAUCUGAAUGUUCGAAUUUCGGGAAAAAUAGUACUAUAGAUCCGAAGAGCGUUCCCACUGACCAUACAGAGCUUCUUCCUUCGGAGAUAUACGCUGUUAGGGCUGAAAUUGAGUCGUGGAAUGAUUUUCCAUGUAGCUAUUCUUACAGAGUUGUCCGGGCUAUGUUGCGGCUUGAAAUGAUCAGUAUGUGCUCUUUGCUAACAUGGGUGAUUGCAAAUUCGCCUAAGUUCGGCAUAGUAAUUGAUCCUGCAAUGAGUAGUCAUAUUGUUCUUUUGUUGAAGCUGUGUUUGAAAGCUAUUCUCAGUGAAGCUAUUGGGUUAGCUAAUGCACACAUGAAACUGGAAGGGGGUAAGGAAUCAACUUUGAGUGGAUGUAGGCUUGAUUGUCCAAUAUUAGCUAGAGUGUUAGUGUGGUUGGCCUCCCAACUAUCUGUAUUGUACGGUGAAAUGAGCGGUAGGUUAUUUGCAGUUAACAUUUUAACAAAAUGCAUCUUUGAUGAAUUACUGGAGCACUCUUUAUUUUCUGGACUUCCAGAAGCUACAGAAAUAUCAAAACUAGACAUAGUCAACAAAGAUAGUGAGGAGCCACAGGUAAGUAGUAAUUCAAAUAGAAGUACAAAGCAGAACAAAGGAAACAAUGUAGGAGCUGGAGGGCUGAGUAAAACCAUGAUUUCUGUUUCUCAAGUAGCAGCAGCUGUUGCUGCAUUGCACGAAAGAUCAAUACUUGAAGGAAAGAUCAGAGCCUUACAGAAUGUGCAGCAACUUUCUGCAUUGCAAAGAAAUGCUGAGCAUGAAGACGUGGCAAGAAGAGCUGAUGAGGAAAGACAAAAGCGGCCCAAUUAUAAAGCUUUAAUUGAUCACGAUGGGCUUCCUUGGCAGAGGUCAAACAAUCAGGAAACAAAUAAAACAAAGACAAGAGAGGAGUUGCUAGCUGAGGAAAGGGAUUACAAGCGCAGAAGAAUGUCAUAUCGUGGCAAGAAGUUGAAGCGUUCAACAACACAGGUGACAUUCGGUACCAUUUUGUAAUGUUUUUUUUCCUUGAAAAACAGAUAAGGGGGCCUUGAAAGAAUCGAUUAAUAUGUUGAUGUGUGACACUGUGACCAAGAGGUCACAUAUUCAAGACUUGGGAGCGGCCUCUUGUCAAAAUGACAAGGGAAGGCUUACCCACUAUACACCCUUGUGGUGGGACCCUUCCCCGGAUCCUUGCCUUGCGAGGACUCCAAUGUGCACCGGACUGCCCUUUUUUAUAUCUUGAAAAUCAGAGUUUGGAGUUUCAAUUCAAAAUUUAAAGCAUCUACCAAUCCUUGAGUGACGGCCUGUCUUUAUUAAGAGUUGUUUGAAUUUUUGGUUUUAUCUACUUCUGCCAAAUAAACAAGUCAGCCAAAUCUUCUUAUUAUUCUGUUUAAGCAGAAAUCCGGAUAAGGUUACCAUCUGGGUACUAGACAGGCUUUGAGAUAGGAAAUUUCCUAAUGUUUUCCAUUUUGAUUUCAGUUUUCUAUUUUUUAAAUGGAAUCAUAUUUCAUUGGUAUAUCCAUGUGUUAGGUAAUGAGGGAUAUAAUAGAGGAAUAUAUGGAGAGUAUUAAGCAAGCUGGUGGAGUUGAUUGCCUAACAAAAGGAGAAGCACACAAUGAUGCAAACUCCAAUAAGAGUCAAUUGGAAUCAUCUUUAACAAGGGAACAUCCACAUCACUACAUGGAGUCGCACUCUCAUCUCGAAUCCCGGUCAUCAGAUUUCAGAAGUGGCUCUUCCAAAGACAGAUCAAACCACUCUCAUAGUACUAUGGUUGCAGAUAGAAGUGUUGGGAGAAAUGGACAUAGCACAAGGGAAUAUUCUAGAAGCCCAGAUAGAACCAAUACCAAUUGGCAAACAGGUCUGAGGAGGAAGCAAGGUGACAGAGAAUCAUACAAGGAAGAUUUUUCUCACAGUUCCGGUAAAAAACACCAGAAAUCACAUAAUUAUAACACCCCUCACAAAGAGAGAAUUGAGCAUGGAAGACGGAGGGGAAGGGAAUCAUACGAUGAUUAUAAAUCAGUGUCCACUUCGCACAAUAAAUUUGAUGACAGAUAUGAUCCCUCAGAAUCUCAUGAUAAUCUAUGAAGGUCAAAUCUAAAUGUCAUGGUAAAGCUGAGUGGCUGAAAAUGUCUGCUGUAGUGAUCGGGCAUGGUUUUCAAGUGAGAUUAAGAUUAAGAAUGUUAAACUAAAUGGUCCUUCCAGGUGUGGUAAGUAAUCAUGAUAAAAAUUUGUCCUGAAUACCACCUUUUAUCGAAUUUUUCCAGAAAGAAGAAUGGGAAUACUAAUAUAAUCUUUUUGGCUGGAUUCCUCUUGAAAUAUUGCAGUAGAAGUGAAACAGGUUUCUGCUGUUUGUCUACAUCUGUAUCCUCCUCUGUAUCCUUAAAAUGGUUAUUAUUAUUAUCAUCAUUAAUAUUAUUAUUAUUAUUAUUUCAUCUACUUACUUUUAUGUUUACUGCUACAUUCUCAUCUUUAAAAUGAGGUACUAAUCUGUAAUCAUCUAUCUUUACUUGAUUGUUUAUCUACUGGUCUGCAUUCUACAAUAAUUUAACUCUAUAAUUACCUAGUACUCCUAAGAUAUCCACCUGACCAGGGAUUCGACUGGAUCAGUGUACCGUCUGUUUGAAAUUCGGAUAUAGGGGUUUGGGGAGAAAUGCUUUAGAGGGCUUAGUGUAUGUGUGUGCACGCAUAUGUGUGUAUAGAGAGAGAGAGAGACGGGGGAAUUGAGGUUUUAUAAAAUAGAAAGUUUAACGAAAUUUGUCGUUUUUUAGUGGAAAGUAAUUUGUAAUUGUAAAACCUUUCAAUCACAUCUUAUCCAUUUUUAGGAACAUGCUAUUUAUCAAGAUAUAGAUAGACUAAGAGAGUGUUUGCAAUUGCUUCUACUUUGAUAUUGUUAAAAUAGUAAAAUUUGAUAUUGUUUCCUUUCCAUCAUUUGCAUCGGAGUCAAGGACUCACUAUCUUUUGGCUUAGGAGUAUGAUGGAAUAAAGCAAAAUGGUUCACUAAAUUGUUUGCGCUUUUUUGUUAUGAGACAGUUGCCGGUCCAUGCAAUUUUUGACGCGAUUUUCACAAUGGGUCAUACGGAAACAGUCUCUCUGUGCUUUAGUGCAGUGAUAAGACUGCGUACAUCCGACCCCCCCUACCCCACCAUAGGUGGGAGCCUUUGUGGCACUGGGGUAAUGAUGAUGAUGAGUAAAAUUUGAUAUUGUUUGAGAAAUAAGUGCUUUUGAAAAUUAAAAGUCGGUAGUGUUUGGUAAAAAGUGUAUUUUUUGUAAUAUAAAAAGUGAAAAUCAGUUCAAAGUGUCUGUCCACCUCUUUUCAUCUUUUAGCUUCUAAGUGUUUAAUUUAAGUAGAAGUUGUCACUUGAAAACACACAAUUCUGUUUUUUAAGCCAAAUGAUGAAAAUCGACUUUUUAAGUUUUUGCAAACACUGCCCAAUCCUUCCAAAGCAUUUCUCUUCAAAAUCCUUCAUCCAAAAGGACCCUAUAGAAUACAAACAGUUCACAGUUAUUGUAGCUAUGCAGCAACACAUUUCAAACCCUCAUUAGCAUUCCUUCUUGAAAAUUUCAAACCGUCUUGUAUUUAGUUUAUGACUGAGUGGGGUUUACCUGUUUACUCAUAGCUAUAUAGAACAAAUCACGUUUACUCUUGGAUCAUUAAGAUAUGCAGUAGAAAACCACGUGCUGAUAAUAGUCUCUAGGGGAGACAAAUUAGAUGGGAAAAUAUAUAUUGGACAUUUAUACCAUAGACAGGUGACGGGAAAGUAGGUUGUUUGUAUAUGACUUUUUAUUAGAAUGCAUGUAAUGUAAUGUCUGUUGUGGAACAACCCAUCGAUACAGUGUGUGUGGUAUAUACUUCGUAUUAGCAACAAUGUGUUGGGAAAAAUAGUUGAGCCUUUACUUUAGGUCUGAACAAGUCGCUUUAAGUCCUUGUUUGAUUAGAGGAAUUUUAAGGAGAGUGAUGUGUUGACUUGUUGAUUUAUCAGUUUCUUCUCUCUUUCCCCCAAAGUUGUGCUACAUUAUUAUUGCUAUACGCAUGGCAAUUAUAUUUAAUUUAAAUUUAAAUUGCAAAAUUUAUUUCAGUUACUUUACUUUUCCAUAAUUCUUUUUGGGUUUUAAAAUUCUAAUCCAUCUUCAUUCUUCUGAAAUCUGAAUUCUGAACCAAAUAUGUUACUGCCAUUUACUUGUAUAAACAGAGGAGAUAAUCAGUUAAGCUGUUGAUGACUGGCAUUCUUAAGCCUUUUCCUGUUGAGUGGUUUUGGAAUAAAUGGGUGGAAAGGGGAGAAGCGUGUGUUUGGUUGGAGGAUGACUUAUCUUGACUGAUUAUUUGUAGGAGACUUGAAUUGAGUGAUUAAUUGUUUAAACAUUAGUUAUCAAAAUCAUUCUACAAACAGGUUCCGCAUAUUUAAUGACAGUGAUAUUGCUUUGGUUUGGUUGGAGGAUGAAAGUUAAGUCCUCUAAAGUUCUCAUAUUUCACUUACAAAGUUACAAAUCUGGUACACUUAUAUUGAAUGAUUAGUUUUCAGACAUUAGUAGUUAUCAAAAUCAAAGGGGAGCCUAAAAGCCUUGAAGCACCUUUUAAGACGGAUUCUGCUGUGUGAUUAAGAGGUUAUGAGUUCCAUUUUUGAGUGGUCUCAUGUCAAAAUUUGAUGAGGAAAGUCUUGUUCUUUUGUUCCAAAAGGUGGAAUCUCCCACCCCAGGAGCCCCCCACCCCGACCCGACAGGAUGGUGGGGAGGUUAGUCACGGUGAUUCAGUCAGCAGAAUGACAGUAGGCCCAUACACUCGUGCGCACCAGAUACCCAGCUUUAUUUCAGGUUCUGUGACCUCCAUCCGGUCACUGCGGGGAUUCGAAUCUUGGUCUAUUGUUCCAAAUCUCCCACCACUCGACCAACUGAGCUACCCGUGCGGGUGGGAAACUCUUGUUCUUUAUACACCCAUGUGGUGAGACGCUUCCCCAGGCUGGCAAAUAAAAUAAGUAGUUCUCAAAAUUAUUCUACAAAUAAUUUAUUUUACCUAAAAUUAUUUUUUAAAAAAUAAUUGAAAUACAAUCGUAGUCAUAUUGCAUUGGACCUAGCAUACACUUGGUUCGGCCUAGGGAUGGACCUGGGCAGGUCCGGUUCCGGUUCCGGGCCUGUGUGGGCUUUUUUUGCAAAUCCUUGGGCUCGGAACUGGCUCGGGUUGAUACCGGGUCCGGGCCUAACCGGGUCGGGCCCGGUUCAAUGUCUGUUUUUUUUGCUUUCUUGUUAUCCCCCGACCCCCCCCUCACCCCCACCCCCCAAACCUCCCCAAAACAUCCAGCCCUACCCUAGGAAAAGAAAAAAAUUGAAAAAAAAAAAUUGACCCGGGCUUGGGCUGACCUGCCUGGGCCGAUUCGCCCAAAAAUGGGCUCGAGCCCGACCCGUCCGACCCGCCCAAACAGGCUAAAAGCCCGGAACCGGCCAACCGAUCCCGGUCCGGUCCUGACCCGCACAGUAGCGGGCCGGUUCCGGGCCGGCCCGGGCCGGGCCGGUUUAGUCCAUCCCUAGUUCGGCCUAAUCCCAAUUCCCAAUCUUCAGCACAUCAUGGUAAAUCAUGCUCGACAUAAAGUCUGGUAACCAUAAACUCUAAGCUUGACCGAAGACAUGGUUAGUCCCAUACUCGAUCAGCCUAAGGCCCUGUUUACUUAGGUCUUAAUGGACUGAACUUAAAUCAUGACUUAUUCGUCCAGCUAUAUACAUGUGUUUACUUAUGACUUAAUGUUACGUAUGACUUAUUCGGUCAGACCAUUUGUGACUUAUUCGCUCAACCAACUUUUAAUACUCAUUACACUUCAGACGUAUUUGAGUGUCGAUGUUCUUGUUUUUAACCCUCAGCUCACUUCUCCUUCACGAUCGCAAUUCUCCAAGGUAUAUCAAGUAUCAAUUGUCGCCAUUAUCAGCCUCCAAAAAUCUGGUCGAUCGGAGCUCAUCAAUGAACAAAGAUCUAGAGCCUCUAAACGCCUUCGCAGAUAAAGGAAGGCUUCGGCCUGAGGUGUAAGCUUCCUAUAGCAAGUUGAGCUCGUUCAUAUGUUGCUUCCCAGAUUGUUUUGAAAAUAUACAAAUUGGGGGAGAACUGAGAAGAAAUCAAAAACUGAUGGGUGUUGCUAUACGAUGGGUUCUUCCACAAAAACUUUUGUUCCUUUCAUCGUCAAUUUGUUAUUUGUUGUUUUCUUCGCUGGGAGGAAAUUGAGUUCUUGAGGCUUCAAUUUACUAAAUUUGGUGUUCUCGGUUUGAUUAAUAGCUAAUGUUCUACCUACCGAUUUCCUCAAUUUUACAUUCUGCAGUUCUUCAAAUAAAGGGUUAUAUGGUCAUUCUAUAUAAUUCAGACUUCUCAUUCAGCACACAUAGUAAACAGUUUGUUAUCUUAGUGUCACUUAUUCCAGACAGACAUCUUAAUCCAAAAAGAUAUCUUAACUCAUUCAGGUCUUGAUAGAAAAAAAAAGUAAACAGCCCCUAAGUGUGCUUAAUCUCUUGGUGGAGUCGACAUUGGUAAACAUGAUGGACUCAUGGAAGGCAUCAAUUUGGCAUGCAUGCAUUUGUUGUUUGAUUUUAUGCAAAGGGUGUUUCAGUCUAUUAUGUGGAAUAUGAUCAACCAACCUCAGUGGCAUAUACUCAUAUAUAUCUCCGUAUCAUAAUAGUUG